AAAAAAGGUAAAAUUAAGAUUAGUAAGGUGAAAAGAAAUAAUCAGACUACGAAUAAAAUGCGGAAGAAGGGUCAACUGAAGCUGCAAAGACAUAGAACGCACGUUCAAAAGCAGAAGCAACCAACACAGCAGCCCACUGUAGAAUACAGCAGUGAAAGUGAGGCAGAAUCUGAAGAUCAGUUCGGAGACAUGUUAGACGAUGAAGAACAGCAGUACCUUAUGAGUAGACUCUCCAAACAGCCUACUUUACUAGCUAAUAUACCAGAAAAUGAAAAGCCAGGCAAAAGAUCAAGGAAGCGUAAAAGAGAAAAGAAAGAAAAGUUCCCAAAGCCAACUGUAGGUGGUGACAGUGACAGUGGUGCUGAGAGUGCUGGACUCUCAGACUCUGACAGUGAUGUAGAGGGCAAGUAUGAGAAAGAGCAAGCAGAGAGGCCGGCCAAGAAGAUGAGGCCGUUGUUACCCAUUAAAACUAAAGAGGGGCUAAUGGAGAGGGCUGAGGAGUGUGAAGACUCAGAAUCAGAACAAGAGGAAGAAGCACAAAAACCUGCUAAAAGCAAACAAACAGACAAACAAUCAGAUGAUGAGGACUCAGAGUCUGACUCCGGUAUGGACCGCACAGAGGAUGUGGAGAUGGCAGGUGACAAGGAGAAGGUGGUGACUGCUGUGGAGCUGAUGGCCGCAAGGAGAAACAAGCUGCAGCAUGAUAAACUGAGGAUUGGAGCUCUAUGCUCUUCUCUGCUUGAAAAUCCAGAGAAAAAGCUUAAAAACCUGUUUCCAAUUCUCUACCUGAUGGAAGAUCGCCUGAAAGAUGGGUCAUUGAACCUCAUCUCUGUUCGCAAACUGGCUACAGUGUCUGCAUUUGAAGUGUUCAAGGAUAUUCUACCUGAGUACAUGAUAAGGCAUCAAGAUUACUCCAAUAUUAAAUUAAAGAAAGACACCUUGGCGCUGUAUAAGUACGAGAAGGAGUUGCUAGAAUUCUACAAAAGAUACUUGCAGAGGUUAGAAAAGGCUGCUGGAGUGUUGCGUCGGAAAAAAGGAGAUACCAGGAAAGUAGACGAGCCGACGCUGAGCCUGGCGCUGGUGUCGCUGCGCUGCCUGUGCGGGCUGCUGGUGGCGCGGCCGCAGUUCAACUACGCGACCAACGUGGCGCAGACCGUCGUGCCGCACCUCGACUGCAGGGACGCCCGGGCGCGCGCCGCCGUCACUGACUGCUGUACCAAUGUCUUCGCUGAGGAUACUAAAGGAGACAUUACGCUUAUUGUAGUCCGUCUGAUAAACCAGUUGGUAAAGCGUCGCAACGAGCGGCUGGAUCCCUCGGCACUGGACUGUCUGCUCACCCUCAAGAUACGAGACAUCGACAUGGACGCGGAGGCAGAGAUCAAGCACAAGAAGAAACAAGAAGAGAAACACAAGAAGCGGAUUGUUAACUUGUCUAAGAAGGAAAAGAAGCGAGCGAAGAAGUUAAAAGAAGUGGAACGUGAGUUACUGGAGACGCAGGCGCAGGAGAGUGAGAUGGCGCGACGGAAACAACUCACUGAGGUCACCAAGACUGUGUUCCACAUCUACUUCCGGUUGUUGAAGACUGCGCCGCGGUCUAAGUUGUUAGCUGCAGCGCUUAAUGGACUUGCUAAGUUCACGCACGUAAUAAACUUAGAAUACUACUCGGACCUAGUAGCGAUCCUAGCGCGCCUAAUAUCGGACGAGUUGAUAGGAGCGCGCGAGCGACUCCUGUGUGUCCGUACAGUGCUGGCCGUGCUGGCCGGCGCCGGGGACGCGCUCAAUGUCGACCCUGCCAAGUUUCACGCCUAUCUAUACGUUUGCAUGCUUAAUUCCCAUGCUGGAAGAACACAAGCAGACUCCAAGAUCAUCCUGGAGUCAGUGUCCCAGAUCUGCGCGCGCGCCCGGCGCGUGUCGGCGGGCGUGCUGCAGGCGUUCGCCAAGCGAGCCGCCACCCUCGCCGCGCAGCUGCAGCACCACGCCGCGCUCGCCUGCAUCGCGCUACUGCACCAACUCGCACAGCAAAGUAAAGCAGUAUCAAUCCUGCUGGAAGCGGACAGCGAGGCGGGCGGGUCGGGCCGGUUCGACCCCGCGCUGGAGUCCCCGGAGCACUGCAACGCGCACGCGGCCGCGCUGUACGAGCUCAGCGUCCUGGCGCGCCACUACCACCCCACUGUACGGACCUCCGCCACGAUGCUCUUGAAGGGAACCUUGCCGCCUGAACUUCAUAAAAUGACGCCCUCACAAAUAUUCAAAGCAUACGAUGGCUCAGAGAUGGCUUUCAAACCUUCGAUACCUCCUCCAAAGAAAGGUGAAAACAAGACCAAGAAGAUAUCUAACGCACAUGCGUGGGCGCAGCAAUCAUUCAAACAAAUGUGUGAAUCAGUAGAAAAUAAUGUUUCAAUGGUCAUCUCUAAUGAAAGGUGA